CGCGCGGAGGAAUUCUCGCGCGGACGGAUCCCCUCACAGAGGCUGCGGGAGCGCACCUCAGCAUUUCGCUGCGGACGCCGAGGUGCGCGGAGCCAUGUCUGACUCUGAGGCGAGCUCUGCGAUGGCUGAGGAGGGCAAGCCCGACGAGCAGACGCUGCAGGUGCUGCGGGACCUGGCCAACCGCCUGCGGAUCCAUUCCAUCAAGGUCGCAUGCACUUCGGGCUCUGGCCACCCCACAUCGUGCAGCAGCGCUGCUGAGAUCAUGUCUGUGCUCUUCUUCUACACGAUGAGAUACAGACAGUCAGACCCGGAGAACCCAGACAAUGACCGCCUCGUCCUCUCCAAGAGGCUGUCGUUUGUUGAUGUGGCAACAGGCUGGUUUGGACAAGGACUGGGGGCUGCAUGCGGAAUGGCAUACACUGGCAGGUACUUCGACAAGGCCAGCUACCGGGUGUUCUGCCUCUUGGGAGAUGGUGAGACCUCAGAAGGCUCCGUCUGGGAAGCAAUGACCUUCGCUUCUUACUAUAGUCUGGACAACCUUGUGGUGAUCUUUGACGUGAACCGUCUGGGACAAGGUGGCACCUUGCCCGUUGAGGACUGCAUAGAGAUCUACCAGAAGCGCUGCGAGGCCUUUGGGUGGAAUACUUACGUGGUGGAUGGCCGGGACGUGGAGGCACUGUGCCAGGUAUUCUGGCAGGCAGCUCAAGUGAAGGGCAAGCCCACUGCUGUGGUUGCCAAGACCUUCAAGGGCCGGGGCAUGCCAAAUGUUGAAGAUGCAGAAAGUUGGUAUGGAAAACCAGUGUCAAAAGAAAGAGCAGAUGUAAUUAUCAAGUUAAUUGAGAGCCAGAUACAGACCAAUAGCAAUCUUGUGCCAAAACCCCCUAUUGAGGAUUCUCCUCAAGUCAGCAUCACAGAUAUAAAGAUGAUCUCUUUGCCUGCUUACGAAAUUGGCGACCGGGUGGCUACUCGGAAAGCCUGUGGUUUGGCUCUAGCCAAACUGGGUUAUGCAAAUGACAGAGUCGUUGUGCUGGAUGGUGACACCAAGAAUGCUACUUUCUCCGAAAUAUUCAAGAAAGAGCACCCUGAGCGCUUCAUUGACUGUUUUCUUGCUGAGCAAAACAUGGUGAACGUGGCACUGGGCUGUGCCAUCCGUGGUCGGACCAUAGCUUUUGCAAGCACCUUUGCCACCUUUUUGACCCGAGCAUUCAGUCAGCUGCGGUUGGGAGCCACCUGUGAAAGCAGCAUCUGCCUUAUUGGCUCCCACUGUGGGGUGACCGCGGGUGAGGACAGCCCAUCCCAGAUGGCCCUAGAGGACCUGGCCAUGUUCCGAACCAUUCCCAACUGCACUAUUUUCUAUCCAAGUGAUGCUGUCUCUACCGAGAAUGCUGUCUGUCUGGCAGCCAACACCAGGGGAAUGUGCUUCAUUCGCACCAGCCAGCCAGAAACUCCAGUUAUUUACAGCCCGCAAGAAACCUUCAAGAUUGGAAGAGCCAAGGUGAGGGCUUCGGGUCUCCAGCUGUGGGAGACAGCUGUUCUAGACCUUGCGCGAGGUACCCCCACAGUAGUCGGAAGCACCAUCCUUUCUCUGCUUUCAUUUUUCACAACAUCAUGUGUGACCUUUACCUGCUUCUCAGGAAGAAACCCUCUACCAGUUGCCACUUGAACUGCACCUUUCUGCUUUCCAAAUGAUGUCUCUUUUCCUUAAGACUCUUAAAGUAAUAGCAGUUGGAAGGCACUUGAGUGUCUUGGCUGUAAUUUGUACACACAGAAACCAUUUCAAAUGACCACUAGAUCUGCUGGGUUCACUUAUAGAAAAGGGACGAGCUAUGUUGCCCCUGUAAUUCUGAGGUUGACUUGGCACGUGGGGGUACAGCCUCACCAGUAGGCAUGCUGAUAAAGGUUGCUGACUGCUGGGCACUUCCUGCCUCUGGUGUUCUCAGAAAAGCCCUGAGAAGCCCAGAGCAUCAGCCCUGUUUGUAGAUGAAGGUAAGAGAA